AUGGGACUCAGCAUCAGCCCCGACGCGACGGCGGCCCCCGUGUACGCCUCGGACCGGGAGAAGACAUCCGGCGACGUGAGGUCAUCCUCGCCAACGGGAACCUCUGUUUCAUUCAAGCGUGACCACACUCAUCGCAAUCUCAAGGCUCGACACAUUCAAUUCAUUGGCAUCGGUGGUACUAUUGGCACUGCACUGUUUGUGGCCAUUUGGUGCACCUUCAUUUUGGCGGUGACCAUGUGCAUGGCCGAGAUGGUGACUUACCUGCCUAUUUCCUCACCGUUCAUCCGAUUCGCAGGUCGCUACGUCGACGAGGCGUUCGGCUUCGCUGCAGGUUGGAACUUCUUCGUCUUCGAGGCAGCGCUCGUGCCCUUCGAAAUUGUCGCCUGCAACCUCAUCCUGCACUUUUGGACCGACGUCAUCCCCACCGCCGCCGUCAUCGUCAUCAUUUCCAUUCUCUACCUCCUCAUCAAUAUCCUCGCUGUGAAGUGGUACGGUGAGACCGAGUUCUGGGCCUCUAUCGGAAAAGUAAUGCUUAUUGUCGGCCUCAUCAUCUUCACCUUCAUUGUCAUGCUCGGAGGGAAUCCCCAUCACGACAGGUUCGGCUUCCGGUACUGGAAGAAUCCCGGGUCCUUUGCCGAGCUGUACUACACCGGCAGCCUGGGUAAAUGGUUAGGCUUCCUGCAAUGCCUUAUCCAGGCGUCUUUCACUGUUUCGGGACCCGACUACGUCUCGAUGGCGGCAGGCGAGGCGGAAAACCCUCGACGCGUCCUGCCUCGCGCGUUCAACGCCGUCUUCUACCGCCUCACGACUUUUUUCAUCCUCGGCGCCCUCUGUGUUGGCAUUCUCGUGCCCCACGACUCGGAUGAGCUGCAGGGCGCCCUCAGCGAGGGUAGACCGGGAGCAGCUGCUUCGCCAUACGUUAUCGCCAUGAGGCGCCUCGACAUUGGCGUUCUGCCCCACAUCGUCAACGCUUUAAUCCUCACGGCUGCCUUCUCCGCCGGAAACUCGUACGUCUACUGCGCCUCGCGAUCUCUCUACGGACUCGCUCUCGAGGGCAAGGCUCCCAGAAUCUUCACCGUUUGCACCCGUGCCGGAGUGCCCGUCUACUGCGUCCUAGUCGUCCUCGGCUUCGGUCUGCUCUCCUUCCUGCAGCUGUCGGAGAGCUCGGCCGUCGUGCUCUCCUGGUUCGUGUCUCUGGUUACGGCGUCGCAGCUCAUGAACUUUUGCAUUGGGUGUGUCUCGUAUCUGUGCUUCUACCGAGCGCUCAAGGCUCAGGGCAUUGACAGGUCGACGUUGCCUUACAAGGCUUGGCUCAUGCCAUACGCGGCGUGGUAUGGUGGUAUUGGUACCUUUAUCAUGAUUUUCGUGGGAGGAUAUACGGUGUUCCUACCAAUAGAAGGAAUGUGGUCUGUCCCGGACUUCUUGUUCUCGUAUACCAUGGUCAUGGCGUUUCCAGUACUCUACGUUGGCUGGAAGAUCGUUCACAGGACACGCAUCUUUAAGCCUGAGGAGGUUGACCUCCGAAAGGAUUUAGACGUCAUUGAAGAGUACGAGAGGGAGUAUAUUCCACAGCCUCCGAAGAACACUUUCGAGAAAAUCCUCGACAAGAUGUUUGGUUAA